UCGAGUGCAUUGUUAUAUUGAGCUUACCUUUCCACCUCCAUCUAAAAUUUUAGUUUUCUGGGCAAAAAAAAGAUGACGUCAAAAUUAACGCUUGUCCUCUUGCUGGUGCUGAGCGCCGAGGUCCUAGCAGCCGCCGGGCCCAUCGCCGACCCCAACGCCAACGCCGACCCCGAGCCGCGCCGUGGAGGUGGCGGUCGCGGCAGUGGCCACACCGGCCACAGCAGUUUUCACGGCGGUGGCUUUAGCCGGCCAAGACCCAGUUCCAGCCGGCCAAGACCCAGUUUUAGCCGGCCAAGACCCAGUUUUAACCGGCCAAAACCCAGCUUUAACCGGCCAAGACCCAGCUUCAGUGGUGGUUACUACCGGCCCAGGCCCUACUACAGCGGAGGAUUUGGUGGAUACAUUGGAGGCUAUGGAGGUUAUGGAGGAUAUGGUGGAUACGGCGGUUAUGGAUUCUACGGGUGAUUUGGAGCAGGCAAUUGCUUCGGCUGCUGAAAUUCUUCGUUACUAGAAACUCUCCAGAUAUUUAUUUAUUAUAUUUUUGCUACUACGUCAA